AUGAGCAAGAAUAAGAGUAGGCAAAAGAGAGCAUGGCGUGAAAUGGCAAGUGCAUUGGGGGGGGGGGGAGGGGGAACGGGGCGGGAAGGACAUGGCAACAGCAGCGCAGAGGAGUGGCGCCCGAGUCACACCACAGAGGAGUGGCGCCCGGGUCACACCACAGAGGAGUGGCGCCCGAGUCACACCACAGAGGAGUGGCGCCCGAGUCACACCACAGAGGAGUGGCGAGGAGUGGCGCCCGAGUCACACCACAGAGGAGUGGCACCCGAGUCACACCACAGAGGAGUGGCGCCCGAGUCACACCACAGAGGAGUGGCGCCCGGGUCACACCACAGAGGAGUGGCGCCCGAGUCACACCACAGAGGAGUGGCGCCCGAGUCACACCACAGAGGAGUGGCACCCGAGUCACACCACAGAGGAGUGGCGCCCGAGUCACACCACAGAGGAGUGGCGCCCGAGUCACAUCACAGAGGAGUGGCGCCCGAGUCACACCACAGAGGAGUGGCGCCCGAGUCACACCACAGAGGAGUGGCGCCCGAGUCACACAAAAGAGGAGUGGCGCCCGAGUCACACCACAGAGGAGUGGCGCCCGAGUCACACGCAGGAAAAGUAGUGGCGCCCGAGUCACACCACAGAGGAGUGGCGCCCGAGUCACACCACAGAGGAGUGGCGCCCGAGUCACACCACAGAGGAUUGGCGCCCGAGUCACACCACAGAGGAGUGGCGCCCGAGUCACACCACAGAGGAGUGGCGCCCGAGUCACACCACAGAGGAGUGGCACCCGAGUCACACCACAGAGGAGUGGCGCCCGAGUCACACAACAGAGGAGUGGCGCCCGAGUCACACCACAGAGGAGUGGCGCCCGAGUCACACCACAGAGGAGUGGCGCCCGAGUCACACCGCAGAGGAGUGGCGCCCGAGUCACACAACAGAGGAGUGGCGCCCGAGUCACACCACAGAGGAGUGGCGCCCGAGUCAGACCGCAGAGGAGUGGCGCCCGAGUCACACCACAGAGGAGUGGCGCCCGAGUCACACCACAGAGGAGUGGCGCCCGAGUCACACACAGGGGAGUGGCGCCCGAGUCACACCACAGAGGAGUGGCGCCCGGGUCACACCACAGAGGAGGGGCGCCCGAGUCACACCACAGAGGAGUGGCGCCCGAGUCUCACCACAGAGGAGUGGCGCCCGAGUCACACCACAGAGGAGUGGCGCCCGAGUCACACCACAGAGGAGUGGCGCCCGAGUCACACACAGGGGAGUGGCGCCCGAGUCACACCACAGAGGAGUGGCGCCCGGGUCACACCACAGAGGAGGGGCGCCCGAGUCACACCACAGAGGAGUGGCGCCCGAGUCACACCACAGAGGAGUGGCGCCCGAGUCACACCACAGAGGAGUGGCGCCCGAGUCACACCACAGAGGAGUGGCGCCCGAGUCACACCGCAGAGGAGUGGCGACCGAGUCACACCGCAGAGGAGUGGCGCCCGGGUCACACCGCAGAGGAGUGGCGCCCGGGUCACACCACAGAGGAGUGGCGCUCGAGUCACACCACAGAGGAGUGGCGCCCGAGUCACACACAGAGGAGUGGCGCCCGAGUCACACCACAGAGGAGUGGCGCCCGAGUCACACCACAGAGGAGAGUGGCGCCCGAGUCACACCACAGAGGAGUGGCGCCCGAGUCACACCACAGAGGAGUGGCGCCCGAGUCACACCAUUGAGGAGUGGCGCCCGAGUCACACCACAGAGGAGUGGCGCCCGAGUCACACCACAGAGGAGUGGCGCCCGAGUCACACCACAGAGGAGUGGCGCCCGAGUCACACCACAGAGGAGUGGCGCCCGAGUCACACCACAGAGGAGUGGCGCCCGAGUCACACCACAGAGGAGUGGCGCCCGAGUCACACCACAGAGGAGUGGCGCCCGAGUCACACCACAGAGUGGCGCCCGAGUCACACCAGAGGAAUGGCGCCCGAGUCACACCACAGAGGAGUGGCGCUCGAGUCACACCACAGAGGAGUGGCGCCCGAGUCACACCACAGAGGAGUGGCGCCCGAGUCACACCACAGAGGAGUGGCGCCCGAGUCACACCACAGUGGAGUGGCGCCCGAGUCACACCACAGAGGAGUGGCGCCCGAGUCACACCACAGAGGAGUGGCGCCCGAGUCACACCACAGAGGAGUGGCGCCCGAGUCACACCACAGAGGAGUGGCGCCCGAGUCACACCACAGAGGAGUGGCGCCCGAGUCACACCACAGAGGAGUGGCGCCCGAGUCACACCACAGAGGAGUGGCGCCCGAGUCACACACAGAGGAGUGGCGCCCGAGUCACACCACAGCGGAGUGGCGCCCGAGUCACACCACGAGGAGUGGCGCCCGAGUCACACCACAGAGGAGUGGCGCCCGAGUCACACCACAGAGGAGUGGCGCCCGAGUCACACCACAGAGGAGUGGCGCCCGAGUCACACCACAGAGGAGUGGCGCCCGAGUCACACCACAGAGGAGUGGCGCCCGAGUCACACCACAGAGGAGUGGCGCCCGAGUCACACCACAGAGGAGUGGCGCCCGAGUCACACCACAGAGUGGCGCCCGAGUCACACCAGAGGAAUGGCGCCCGAGUCACACCACAGAGGAGUGGCGCUCGAGUCACACCACAGAGGAGUGGCGCCCGAGUCACACCACAGAGGAGUGGCGCCCGAGUCACACCACAGAGGAGUGGCGCCCGAGUCACACCACAGUGGAGUGGCGCCCGAGUCACACCACAGAGGAGUGGCGCCCGAGUCACACCACAGAGGAGUGGCGCCCGAGUCACACCACAGAGGAGUGGCGCCCGAGUCACACCACAGAGGAGUGGCGCCCGAGUCACACCACAGAGGAGUGGCGCCCGAGUCACACCACAGAGGAGUGGCGCCCGAGUCACACCACAGAGGAGUGGCGCCCGAGUCACACACAGAGGAGUGGCGCCCGAGUCACACCACAGCGGAGUGGCGCCCGAGUCACACCACGAGGAGUGGCGCCCGAGUCACACCACAGAGGAGUGGCGCCCGAGUCACACACAGAGGAGUGGCGCCCGAGUCACACCACAGAGGAGUGGCGCCUGAGUCACACCACAGAGGAGUGGCGCCCGAGUGACACCACAGCGGAGUGGCGCCCGAGUCACACCACAGAGGAGUGGCGCCAGAGUCACACCACAGAGGAGUGGCGCCCGAGUCACACCACAGAGGAGUGGCGCCCGAGUGACACCACAGAGGAGUGGCGCCCGAGUCACACCACAGAGGAGUGGCGCCCGAGUCACACCACACAGGAGUGGCGCCCGAGUCACACCACAGAGGAGUGGCGCCAGAGUCACACCAGAGAGGAGUGGCGCCCGAGUCACACCACAGAGGAGUGGCGCCCGAGUCACACCACAGAGGAGUGGCGCCCGAGUCACACCACAGAGGAGUGGCGCCCGAGUCACACCACAGAGGAGUGGCGCCCGAGCCACACCACAGCGGAGUGGCGCCCGAGUCACACCACAGCGGAGUGGCGCCCAAGUCACACCACAGAGGAGUGGCGCCCGCCUCACACCAGAGGAGUGGCGCCCAAGUCAUACACAGAGGAGUGGCGCCCGAGUCACACCGCAGAGGAGUGGCGCCCGAGUCACACCACAGAGGAGUGGCACCCGAGUCACACACAGAGGAGUGGCGCCCGACUCACACUGCAGAGGAGUGGCGCCCGAGUCACACCACAGAGGAGUGGCACCCGAGUCACACACAGAGGAGUGGCGCCCAAAUCACACCGCAGAGGAGUGGCGCCCGAGUCACACCACAGAGGAGUGGCGCCCGAGUCACACCGCACAGGAGUGGCGCCCGAGUCACACCACAAAGGAGUGGCACCCGAGUUACACACAGAGGAGUGGCGCCCAACUCACACCGGAGAGGAGUGGAGCCCGACUUGCGGAGAUAACUGCUGCAACGGGAGCUAG